GUUUCCUCUUCCUCCUCCACUUCUGCUUGGGUCGCCUCCAUUUCUUUCUCUCCCCCUUCUGUGAGGAAUACUCUUUCCCCUACCCAGCAUCCUUUGCCCUACGGCCGCCAUGUUCCUCGCACCCUUGAGUGUUGCCCUUCGGGUGCUGAAUGUCCGGACGGGCUCCGCCCUCUUCUUCUGGCUCUUGGGGCUGGCUCUCCACACGUUGCCCCUCUUGGGGCAGAAACCCGAGGACAAGUAUCCCAUAGUGCCCACCAAUUAUGGCAAACUCCGGGGGAUCAAGAAGGACCUGAACAACGAAAUCCUCGGCCCCGUCGUGCAGUACCUCGGGAUCCCGUACGCCACGCCGCCCGUCGGGGAGAGACGUUUCCAGCCGCCUGAGGCACCCGCUUCCUGGUCUGAGGUGCGCAACGCCACAGCUUUCGCUCCUGUCUGCCCGCAGAACAUUCAUGGCAUGCUGCCCGGGAUUAUGCUGCCCGUCUGGUUCACCGACAACCUGGAGGUAGUGGCCGGCUACGUCCAGAACCAGAGUGAAGAUUGUCUCUACCUCAACAUUUACGUGCCCAUGGAGGACGGUAAGAGCAAGGGGGGUGACCUUUCACCCCAUACUGGGCGCUCCCAGGAGAAGGGGCUUUUCGACAUCCGAGACAGCGGGAAGAAGCCGGUCAUGCUGUUCAUCCAUGGUGGAUCCUACAUGGAGGGCACGGGGAACAUGUUUGACGGCAGCGUCCUGGCUGCGUACGGCAAUGUGAUUGUCGUGACCAUGAACUACCGGCUCGGCGUGCUGGGCUUCAUGAGCACAGGGGACCAAUCAGGCAAGGGGAACUACGGCCUUCUGGACCAGAUCCAGGCCCUGCGGUGGCUGAAUGAGAACAUUGGCCACUUUGGGGGCGACCCCGAGCGGAUCACCAUCUUUGGCUCGGGAGCGGGGGCUUCCUGCGUCAACCUUCUCAUCCUGUCCCACCACUCGGAAGGUCUCUUCCAGAAGGCCAUUGCCCAGAGUGGCACAGCCAUUUCCAGCUGGUCGGUGAAUUACCAGCCUCUCAAAUACACCCGCAUGCUGGCCUCCAAGGUUGGCUGCGAUCACAUGGACACGGGGGACACGGUGGAGUGCCUUCGGCGCAAGCCCUACCGAGAGCUGGUCGACCAGGACAUCCAGCCGGCACGCUAUCACAUUGCCUUUGGCCCCGUGGUGGACGGGGACGUGGUUCCGGAUGACCCAGAGAUCCUGAUGCAGCAGGGGGAGUUCCUCAACUACGACAUCCUCAUCGGUGUCAACCAGGGAGAGGGCCUGAAGUUUGUGGAGGACUCCAUGGAGAACGAAGACGGCAUCUCCGCCAGCUACUUUGACUUCACCAUCUCCAACUUUGUCGACAACCUCUACGGCUACCCGGAAGGCAAGGACAUCUUGCGGGAGACCAUCAAGUUCAUGUACACGGACUGGGCCGACCGGGACAACGGCGAGAUGCGCCGCAAGACCCUCCUGGCGCUUUUCACCGACCACCAGUGGGUCGCGCCUGCCGUGGCCACCGCCAAACUUCACGCUGAGUACCAGUCGCCCGUCUACUUCUACACCUUCUACCACCACUGCCAGACUGACACUCGGCCCGAGUGGGCUGAUGCUGCCCACGGGGAUGAGAUCCCCUACGUCUUCGGGGUGCCCAUGAUCGGCGCCACGGAUCUCUUCCCUUGCAAUUUUUCCAAGAACGACGUCAUGCUGAGCGCCGUGGUCAUGACCUACUGGACCAAUUUUGCCAAGACCGGGGAUCCGAACCAGCCCGUGCCCCAGGACACCAAGUUCAUCCACACGAAGCCCAACCGCUUUGAGGAAGUAGUGUGGACCAAGUUCAACACGAAGGACAAGCAGUACCUCCACAUCGGCCUCAAGCCCCGGGUGAGGGACAACUACCGGGCCAACAAGGUGGCUUUCUGGCUGGAGCUGGUGCCCCACCUCCACAACCUCCACGAGCCCCCCCACACGUCGACGACCACCCGCAUCCCGCCUUACGGCACCCGGUGGCCCAGCACGCGUGUGGGGCCCAGCACCACCCGCCGUCCCGUCCCGACACUUCCUCCUGACGAAGACGACGUGGGCCGGUCUCAGCACUACGUCCCCUUCCCGGGGGACUCGCGGGACUACUCCACCGAGCUCAGCGUCACCGUGGCGGUCGGGGCCUCCCUGCUCUUCCUCAACAUCCUGGCCUUUGCCGCCCUCUACUACAAGCGGGACAAGCGGCACGAGCUGAGGACCGGGCGGCGCCUCAGCCCCCAGCGGAACGCGGCCAACGACCUCGUCCAUGGCGGCCAGGAGGAGGAGAUCAUGUCCCUGCAGAUCAAGCACUCGGAACACGAUGCCCACGACCUGGAGCCGCUCCGGCCCCACGAAAUCCUACGCCCCGCCUGCCCUCCCGACUACACGCUGGCCCUGCGCCGGGCGCCGGACGAUGUCCCCCUGAUGACCCCCAACACCAUCACCAUGAUCCCCAGCACCAUCACGGGGAUGCAGGCCCUGCACCCCUUCAACACCUUCCCCACCGGACACAACAACACCCUCCCCCACCCUCACUCCACCACCCGUGUAUAG